AGUUUGCUACCGUUUUCAUACAGAACUAUUUGCCAAACUUUGGCAAUGGACGAUUUGAGAUUUUGAUCACAACGUAUGAAACUUCUACCAAAUUAUCUGUCAGUGUCAACAAGUCAAAUUUUAAAAAAGAUUACACUGUAGCUACUCCUCAGACUUUGUCAGUUGUACUGCCAAGUAAUGUGGAGCUUAUUGGAUCCGCAAAGGCUUCCAAUACAGUGCUCAUAAAUUCUGACAAAGAUGUGUCCAUUGUAUCUUUCAACUCCAAGCAGUUUUCUGCAGACAUUACUAUUGUACUUCCUGUAGAGAGCUGGGGCAAUGAAUAUUAUAUUGUAACCCCUGCAAAGGGACCACAAGGAACUUACAAAGAAUUUGCAAUCACAAAUUAUGAUUCCCAGUCAAAUGUUAUUAAUGUUUAUCUCAAGGGAGAUGUUAAACUGCAGGGGCAUAACUAUAAAGCAGGUUCUAAACUCAGUGUUUCUUUGGAAGCAUAUGAAUCUGUUCAACUGCAGAGUAAUUGUGACUUAACAGGUACCAGAGUUGUGGCUCAGAAGCCAGUUUCUGUGCUGUCUGGACAUACCUGCAGCUGGUACUAUGGCAGAUGCAAUCAUGUAUAUGAACAGCUCAUUCCUGUUACUAGAUGGGGAAAAGCAUUUGUUGUGCCCAAGCUACCUUUUCAGUCUAAACCUAACUUGGUAUACAUCACUGCUUCCCAGAAUCUGAGAGUUCAGUUUAAAAAUGCAUCAACGACUAUCAGUGAAGAUCUCAGCAGUGGAGGUGUGCUUCAACUUUUCACCUCAGACGCUGCAUCUGUCACAGCUAAUGCACCCAUUCAAGUUGUAUUCUACUGCACAGGUGGAAAAGUUAACACUGAUUAUUAUGAUCCUUUUUUAAUGAACAUCCCAGCCACUAAUGACUACUGCACCAGUUACACCAUCAGUGGGCAAUAUGAAUUCAACAACUAUGCUAUUAUUGUGGCCAACAACUCAGCUAAAUCUACCAUUACAUUUAAUAAAAAAUCUUUCAGAUCACUUACAUGGACCUCAGUUCCUGGAACUGGUUACUCUUAUGGCGCCAUAUUAUAUGGAAAAGGAACAAGUUUUAACACCAUGGAGGACCCCAGUUCUGCAUUUGGACUGUUUAGUGUUGGAUACCUAAAUCAAAAUGGAUAUGGUGCACCAGCUGUGUGUAUAAGCAAUGCUGUUGACCUCUGCCUGAGUACUCAGUGUCGGCAGAAGGAAAAGUGCAAAAUUGUUGGAGGUAAAGCUGUCUGUAUUCCUGAAUCCAAAGUUAUCUGCUGGGCCUCGGGUGAUCCACAUUACAAGACUUUUGAUGGUAAAGCUUAUGAUUUCCAGGGUACCUGUACUUACGUCAUUGCUAAAACCUGUGGAAAUGACUCUUCACUUGCUUCCUUUAAUAUCGAGGCCAAGAAUGACAAUCGUGGCAACACACAUGUUUCUUUCGUAAGCCAAGUGAACAUUAUGGUUGAUAACAUCACUAUCACUGUGAUGAAAGGCGAAUAUGGAAAAGUUAGGGUAAAUAACAAUUUGGAACAACUUCCAAUAACUAUUCAGGAUGGAAAAGUAAAAAUCUACCAAAGAGGAUUGUCAGUAAUAACUGAAACCAUUUUCAAACUUGAAGUAUCCUAUGACUGGAACCAUUAUCUCAUAGUCUCCAUUCCAAGCAGCUAUUUUGAGAAUGUGUGUGGCCUAUGUGGUAGUUAUAAUGGAAAUUCAAAGGAUGAUUUCACAACCCCAUCGGGGACACUCGCUAAUAAUGCUAUAGAUUUUGGAAAGAGCUGGAAAGUAAAUGAUGGGGACCGAUUCUGCUGGGAUGACUGCAAAGGCAAUUGCAAAACAUGUGAUGAAAAACUCAUUCAGAAAUAUAAAUCACAGCAGUACUGCGGUUUAAUAACAAGUGCAAAUGGGCCAUUCCAAAAUUGCCAUGCUAUCAUCGAUCCAAAUAUUUAUCUUGACAACUGUGUUUAUGAUGUGUGUAUGAAUGAUGGAUCCAAACUUUUCCUGUGCCAGGCUUUGAAGACUUAUGCUGAUGCAUGCCAGAAUCAAGGGGGAACUGUACUGGAAUGGAGAGACAUUGCUGGCUGCCAACUAAACUGCCCAGCAAACAGCAAGUACAUGUUAUGUGGAACAUCCUGUCCAGCAACUUGUGAUGAUGACACGGCUCCUUCCAGUUGUGAAACACCUUGUGUUGAAACAUGUCAGUGUAAUGAUGGUUUUGUUCUCAGCGAUGGGAAGUGUAUUCCAAGAGGCAACUGUGGGUGCAGGUACAAAGGUCGAGUCUAUGCACCUGGACAAAAGUUCUGGGGAGAUGACAAGUGUGAGCAGAGCUGUGUUUGCAAUCCCCAAACAAGAGCUGUAGAAUGCAGAGCUACAAAGUGUAAAUCAACAGAGACCUGUAGUAUUGUUAAUGGAAUACGCAACUGUUAUCCUGUGGAAUAUGGAACAUGCUCUGCUUCGGGUGAUCCACAUUAUAAAACAUUUGAUGGACUGACAUAUGACUUCCAGGGCACAUGUGUUUACCAAUUUGCCAGCCUGUGUGCUGAGGAUAACACACUUGAUAAUUUUACUGUAAAUGUCCAAAACAAUUUCAGGGGAUCCAGCACUGUAUCAUACACUAAGCUUGUUGAAGUCCAGAUAUUUGGUUUUGAUAUUAUAAUCAGCAUCGAGUACCCUGGCAAAAUACUGGUGAACGAAGUCCUUACAAACCUUCCAUAUGUACUGGAUAAUGGUAAGGUCACAGUUUACAGGAGUGGCUAUUAUGCAAUACUACAGACAAGUUCAGGUAUCCAAGUUACCUUUGACUGGAAAAGUUAUGUAUCACUCACCAUACCAACAACAUACUCUGGUGCUAUUUGCGGUUUGUGUGGAAACUUCAACAAAAACACCAAAGAUGACUUGACAAUGAAGAAUGGACAGCUUGCACCCAAUGCAGGGGAGUUUGGACAAAGCUGGAAAACUGAAGAUAUUCCUGGCUGCAAUGACGGAUGCAAAACAAAUUGUCCACAAUGCAAUGUAAAUGAGAAGCGGCAAUAUGCAAAAGACAGCAGCUGUGGUCUCAUUUUGAAAAAGGAUGGACCAUUUAGAGAAUGUCAUAGUAAAAUUAAUCCAGAUGGAUAUUUCCAGGAUUGUGUUUAUGAUGCAUGUUUGUAUAAGGGCCGUCAGAAUAUUUUGUGCCAGGCAAUCAUGGCAUAUGCUGCAGCUUGUCAACAUACUGGUGUUACUAUUCUUCCCUGGAGAAAUUACACUUCCUGCAGUCCAAAAUGUGGAAAUAACAGCCAUUAUGAAGUAUGCACUAGCAAGUGCCCAGCUACAUGCAGCAGCCUGUUCCAAACAAUUUUGUGUGACACAUCUUGCAGAGAAGGUUGUCAGUGCGAUGAUGGUUUCAUUCUCAGUGGUGACGCAUGUGUUCCAAUUUCCCAAUGUGGCUGUCUGUAUAAUGGAAAAUACUACAAGAGUGGGGAAACCUUUUAUCCUGGCAAACUGUGUCAGGAAGUGUGCACAUGUAAUGCAAAUGGUCAGGUGAAGUGCACAAACUUCUCUUGCUCUGCCAAUGAAGAAUGUAAGGUGGUGAAUGGUAUUCAGAAAUGCCAGCCCAUUGGUUCAUCAACAUGCUAUGGAUCUGGUGACCCUCACUAUAAGUCCUUGGAUGGUCUUGCAUUUGACUUUCAAGGAACAUGCACAUAUACCUUUGCAAAAAGCUGCACAAAUGACCAAAAUCUUGUGGCUUUUUCUGUUGAGGUGGAAAAUGAAAGCUGGGGCAAUGGAAAAGUGUCAGUCACUAAAAUGGUUGCAUUGACAGUGUAUGGAAACACUUUCAUCUUAAAUCAAGGAAAGGGAGGACUGAUAAAGGUGAAUGGAAUAUAUUAUAACCUUCCUCUGAACUUUAAUAACAACCAAGUGAUUGCUCGACAAUAUGGCAACAGCAUCAAUAUCGAAACAAAUUUCCAGCUAAAGCUCAGUUAUGACUUGGUGUAUCACUUGUCAUUAACAGUGCCAGGAAACUAUAAGAAUAAAAUGUGUGGUCUGAUGGGGAACUACAAUGGUGACAAAACAGAUGAUUUCAUGCUGCCAAAUGGCAGGACCACAAAAGAUGUUGUAGCAUUUGGAGCAUCCUGGAAAGUCAACGUUCCCGGAGCAAAAUGUGAUGAUGGCUGCAGUGAAACCACUUGUCCUACAUGUAGUGCAGACAAGACCGCACUAUUCAAAAAUGAGAACUAUUGUGGAAUUUUAACAAACCCAGAGGGCCCUUUCACUGCCUGCCAUAAGAUAAUUGAUCCAAACACUUACUUUAAUGACUGCGUCUAUGAUCUCUGUGCAGGCAACGGGGAACGCAAAGUGUUAUGCAACAGUAUCCAGUCAUAUGUUGCAGUUUGCCAGGAAACUGGGGCCACUGUCAAAGAAUGGAGGAAAGACAACUUCUGUCCAUUAUCCUGUAUGGCAAAUAGUCAUUACAAACUUUGUGCAGACAUCUGUGCAACCUCCUGUGCUGGAAUAUAUGAGCCAGUAAAUUGUCCAAAACAUUGUGCAGAGGGCUGCGAGUGUGAUGAUGGAUACUUCUUUGAUGGCCAGGAGUGUGUUGAUAUAAACCAUUGUGGAUGUUAUGAAAAUGGACGCUAUUAUAAGCUUAAUGACAUUGUUCUGUCAGCAGACUGUAAGGAAAAGUGGACUUGUAGCCCAGUUGGUGGUUUAGUGUCGGAGCCAAAUACUUGCCAGGAUGAUGAAAUAUGUAAGACUGUUGAUGGAGUUGUGGGAUGCUACAACAAGGACCCAUGCAAAGGAUUUGUAUGCAGAGAAAAAGAGAAAUGCGUAGUGAAAAAUGAUAAACCAGAAUGUGUCCCUGAGGGUGACAGUAAUGGCUGGAUUUGGGGUGAUCCCCACUAUCACACGUUUGAUGGCUACAAUUAUGACUUUCAAGGCACUUGCACAUACACCGUUUUAAAAACCUGUGGCAACGACACCUCCCUACCUCAAUUCACAAUUAAUACAAAGAAUGACAACAGAGGAAAUACUGCUGUUUCUUAUGUGCGACAGGUUGACAUAUAUGUCUUUCAGUACAAGAUCUCUAUCAUGAAAUUUGAGAAUGGAAAAGUUAGGGUAAAUGAUAUAUCAAAAAAUUUGCCUGUAACGUUAGAGAAUGGUGAGUUACGUCUUUACCAGAGUGGACAUAAUGCUGUCUUAGAGACGGCAUUUGGCCUCCGAUUGACAUAUGACUGGAACUGGUAUCUCUAUGUUACUAUAUCUAGCAGCUAUUACAAGAAUGUAUGUGGACUGCUUGGUAACUACAAUGGAAAUGUGAACGAUGAAAGAAUGACACCUAAUGGUACAAUAAUAUCAUCCAUAACAGAAUGGGCUAAAAGCUGGAAAGUGGAGGACAGAGACAAGUUCUGUUUUGAUGUUUGUCAGGGUGUCUGCCCUACAUGUGAUGACACAAAGAGGCAGCUCUAUGAAGGUCAAGGCUAUUGUGGUCUACUAACUAAAAAGACUGAUGGUCCUUUCAGAGAAUGUCAUUCAAAAGUGAACUCUGACAGUUUCUUUGACAACUGUGUCUAUGAUGUUUGCUUAAAUAAUGGAGCUAAGCAGAUUCUGUGCCAAGCAUUGAAUUCAUAUGCAGCAACCUGCAGAAAGAAUGGAGUAAUUAUAUAUGACUGGAGAAAGCAGGCUGGAUGCCCACUGGAUUGCGGUGACAACAGUCACUAUGAAGCAUGUGGAAAUGCUUGCCCUGCUUCCUGUUCUAAUCGCACUGCUCCAUCAACCUGCAAAGAUCCAUGUGUGGAAACAUGCACAUGUAAUCCUGGAUAUGUUCUCAGUGCUGGAAAAUGUGUUGCAAUCGAGAGUUGUGGGUGUACAUACCAAGGGCAUUAUUACAAUCCAAAUGAAGAAUUCUGGGAAGAUGAAAAAUGUCACAUACGCUGCCGCUGUGAUCCCAACCUUGGAAUGGUGGUGUGCAAGCCCACUAAGUGUAAAUCCAGUGAAACGUGUGACAUACAAUGGGGUUCAGGACUGCUACCAAUACAUUUUGCUAAAUGUUCUGCAUCUGGAGAUCCACAUUAUACCACAUUUGAUGAAAAAAGAUAUGACUUUCAGGGCACUUGUAUUUAUAGAUUAGUUGGUGUAUGCUCUAACGAUCCCACUCUCACCCCAUUUGAGAUCAGAGUACAAAAUGACAACCGAGGCAGCAAGGUGGUAUCAGUAACAAAGGUGGUCUUCAUUGAAGUAUACAAUACAACAAUAACCAUCAGUAAGGAAUAUCCAUAUCAGAUUCAGGUGAAUGGUAUUUUUACAGCAUUACCCUACUAUCUGUCUGGCACUAUGAUAAAAUCUUACAGAAGUGGAAAUCUUGCAGUAGUUGAGACGGAAUUUGGUCUCAAAGUUACAUUUGACUGGAGCAAUGCUGUAACAGUCAGUCUGCCAAGCACUUACUCCAAUGCGGUCUGUGGUUUGUGUGGCAACUAUAAUCAUACCCCACAUGAUGACUUCAUGAUGCCUAAUGGCAAACUAGCACCCAAUGCAGUAACAUUUGGAGAAAGUUGGAAGGUUGGAAAUGUACCAGGUUGUGCAAAUGAAUGCACCGGGCAAUGUCCAGUUUGUAGUGAAGACGAGAAACAAAAAUACAAAGGUGACAAAUUCUGUGGAAUAAUCAUAAGCAAAACUGGACCUUUCCGUAACUGUCUAGCUGUUAAUGAUCCCACUCCAUUUUUUGAAAAUUGCGUAUUCGAUGCCUGUGAAUACAAGGGGCAUCCGUCAUCCUACUGUGAUGCAAUUGCAACUUACGCUUCUGCAUGUCAAGCAGCAGGUGUCGCCAUUGAUAAGUGGAGAACAGAUACAUUCUGUGGUUAUACCUGUCCACAGAAUAGCCAUUAUGAACUGUGCGGAUCUGGAUGUCAAGUUACAUGCAGAGGUUUGUCAGCUCCAGAAGGAUGCAAUGCUCGCUGUAGGGAGGGAUGUCAAUGUGAUAAUGGCUACAUCCUCAGUGGAGACAAGUGUGUUCCAAUAGCAGAUUGUGGCUGCUUGUAUAAAGGCCAAUAUUAUAAAAAGGGAGAGGAGUUUUAUCCAGAUGGGUUAUGCCAGGAAAAAUGUACCUGCGACAGCAAUGUUACCUGUAAAAAGACAACUUGUGGAGCCAAUGAGGAAUGCAAAGUAGUGAAUGGUAUUCGAGGAUGUUAUCCAUCUGGAACUGGGAAAUGCAUUGCCUCUGGAGAUCCGCAUUACUUGUCAUUUGAUGGCCUUGCUUUUGAUUUCCAAGGUACAUGUACUUAUACUUUGGCCAAAUAUUGUGGUACUGAGAAGCAUCUAACACCAUUUACUGUCAUAGUCGAGAACGAAAGUUACGGCAGCGGCAAUGUUGCAGUAACAAGAAUGGUUAUGGUGGAGGCUUACAACUUCAUCAUUACUAUCAUGCAAGGAAUAAAAUGGAAAGUCAAGGUAAAUGAAGAAAUUGUUAGUCUUCCAGUCAUCUUGGCUAAUGGGCAACUCUGGGUAAACCAGGAAGGUAACAACAUCAUCCUGCAAACCAGUUUUGGUAUGAAGGCCCUUUAUGAUACUGCUUAUUAUGUAUAUCUUGAAGUCCCAAGUAACUACAAAAGCCAGAUGUGCGGCCUUUGUGGUAAUUUUAAUGAUGACCGUUCUGAUGAAUUCUCUUUACCUGAUGGAAGUAUAACAAAGGAUGUUAAUGUGUUUGGAGGAUCCUGGAAGGUAAACAUUUCAGGAGUGAAGUGUAAUGAUGGUUGUACAAAUAACUGUCCCAGCUGUGACCAGACUAAAACUGAACUGUACAGUAAUGAAAAUAAAUGUGGAAUAAUAUCAUCCAAAAAUGGGCCCUUCACCUCCUGCCAUUCUGUGGUUGAUCCAACAAUUUACUUCAAAAAUUGUGUGUAUGAUCUCUGUGCUGUGGAUGGGAAACAAGACACUCUUUGUACAAACCUACAGGCAUAUGCUACUGCAUGUCAAUCUGCUGGUGCAGUGAUUAAAGACUGGAGGACUACUUCACAAUGUCCAUUAACCUGCCAAGACAACAGCCAUUAUGAACUCUGUACAAAAACAUGUGAUCACACAUGUGCUAGUAUUACCAAUUCUUUGAGAUGCAAUGAAAGAUGCUUUGAAGGCUGUGAAUGUAACCCUGGAUUUGUUUAUAAUGGUGAAAAGUGCGUAACAAUGGACAAAUGUGGAUGUUUCUACAAAGGGCGGUAUUAUAAGCUGAAUGAAACAGUUGUUUAUCCAGAUUGUACAGAAUCUUGUACCUGCUAUCCCAGUGGUGACGUUAUUUGUAAGAACACAUCAUGCGCAAAUGAUCUGUACUGUCUAGUGAGAAAUGGAGUUCGUGGAUGUUUCAAAAAGGAGGGAACUUGCUCAAUUAAACAAGGUGGACAGCUAUUAUCUUUUGAUGAACUGACAGUACAACUUCUGACAAGUGGACCAUAUGAAAUAGUUUCACUGUGUGAUGUUAAAUCACCUGCCUGGUUCAGAGUGAUCGUUGACCUUCAGUUUUGUGACAAGGAGAAAAUACUUUCAGCAACAACUGUCUUUGCCUUUUUUGGUGAUAUUUUCAUCACCAUAAACAAAGAUAAAGAGAGCUGGGUAAAUGGGCAUCCAGUGCAACUUCCAGUAAAUGUCAGCAAUGACAUCUCUGUGGUAUCAACAGAGAGUGCAACUAUAAUAAAACAUUCUUCAAAAACUGAAGUGUCCAUUACCACAGCUGGAGAGAUUACAGUUUUAGUGGGUGAGGCAAUGUCCAGUCACUUGUGCAGCAUUUGUGGAAACUUCAAUGGUGAUAAGGUGGAUGACAUGAAACUGCCAAAUGGAAAUAGCACUGAUAAUUCCUUAGAGUUUCUGAAUGCAUGGAAGGCCAAAGAUUUUUCAUACUGCGGCAGCUAAACUUGGAUGAGUCUCCAGUGCCCACACAACCUAAUGAGAGAAAUUUCAUAUAUGUGGAUGCUGCAUAUUGUGAAACAUCAGUCAUAAAACACUUGAUUUAAAAAUAUUUCACAGAGAUGGUCUAUAGUCUAAUCAAAUGCCACUCUCCAUAAAUGUUAUACAUAGACAACAUCCAUUAUUCUCAUAUUUUUUGGUAAAAUUAUGCAUAGUUUUUAAACAAAGCAAAUACCUAACAGAUCUUUGAGUUUGUUUUUGUCCUGUUUACUGAGAAAGCAUAUUUUAUGUUUAAUUUUGUAUAUUAUUUAAAUCAGCUAAUAUAUGGAAAAGGUCUGGAGUAUGAUAAUAUAUUAUUGCUAGUGAUACAUUCUUGUAUAUGUGAGCUCAAUCCUUGUUGAUAGACCACGGUUAAUAAAAUGAUUGACUUGCUAUCAUCUAACAAAUUUAAACUCAUCAAUAUCAUCAUCAUGAGAUAUCUUAACAGAUGAAAUAUCAGCAACAAUAUAAAGGAGUCAGGUUUUUGACUACAGCACUGACAUAUUCAGUCAUAAUGCAGAUUUGAACAAAGUAAUGUUUGUCUUCAUUUUUUCUGUAUCUAUAAUAUAAACAAAAAGCCAUGAUUUUAAAUCUAACAUAAAACAGUUCUUCCUCUCAUGUCAUCGGGACUUUUGGUUUAGGAUCCGCUGAUCCUAUUCAGGAUCAAUGGAAUAGAUUAAUAUUGUACGAUAUGCAAGCCAGUUGAUUGGUAAUUCCAUUGUAACAUAAAGGGUUUUGAUGUUAUUUCAGGACUGCUAAACUCCAACUUGUGAUUAAAACAGUAAUAGACUAUAACAUGCUAUAGAUGCACUGAUAUCUCAAAACCAACCUAAGAUCUCCUCCUGCUCUUUAUACCUUACUUUUCUCUACAAAUCUCCUCAUAUUUUUAACUAAAAAAAACUUUUGAAUGUAUAUUUCUAGUUUAAUUAUUCAUCUUUAUAUCUUCAUAUACAUUUUGUAUUACUUUGAAUUCUUUUUAUUUCUUUUAUUAUUGUAAAUAUUGAAAAUACUGUAUCUUGGAACUUUUUUGGUAGAGCUUUUUUGGAACUUAUUUGUAGGUAUUGAAAAUAUUAUACUGUGGAGCUUUUCUCCCCAGGCCUCCAUUGAAAAUGGGCUUGUUUUGGCCUAAUGCACUUUCCUGGUUAACAAACUACAAAUAAAAUAAAAUAAAAAUAAAAAAAUACAGUAAACUAAGAGGCAAUAAUUGUCCUUAGAAGAGUGUAUCUAAAAUAAAGUGGUUACAGCAGCAAUUAAAGAACUAGUUUGAAUCCUAGGGAAAAGGCUAUAAGGAUCCCUGCUGACAAUAACAGAGGAUGACACUAGUAAAGAGUGCCCAGAACUUACAAAUACAUCAACAUGUGUUCACUACAGUGAUUAAGAUGGGGCUUCUCAUUACUCAAUAAACCUAGACUGAAAUCAUUCCAGGAUCUCCAACAAGAAUUUCACAUCUGGAAAACAGGCUUCUAUAGUUAUAUUUAAAUUUGAUAAUUAAUACUUACAUAGAAAUGACUGUGGAAUGUUAACUGAGGCUUUCUUGGAUGGUGAAUGGAGAAAACCCAUCAUACACUUAGUUUCCAUUUAACUCCACCUCUUUUUGGCUUACAUGAGGAGCGGCCUUAGAUUAACUGGUGCCCUAGGCAAAAGAGCUCCAUGGUGCCCCCCACCAAACUACCCGGUGCUCCCAUCCUGGUUUACCUAUACCAAAUAAAUACUGGAAAAGCGUCCCUGGUGGAGCGGCACCCUAGGCGGCUGCCUAGUUUGCCUAUGCCUAAGGCCGGCUAUUUAUGUCCUGGACAGCCUUUGAAUAUAAUCAUACCAGAUACAAACAAACUGAAGAUUCUAAAUAUUUUCAGCAAUGACAUUGGUAUACAGCAAUGGAAUUUACUCACAUGGGAAACCUUGCAUCACUACUUGGAAAUUAUUUUCCUAACAGUGGUGUCCAUAUGUUGAUGCUGUGAAGGAAGUAAAAUAGGUUCUUGGGUCCAAAUCUUCAGGGAAUAUAGUAGCCUCAUUCUAUUUUAGGUGAGUAUAGAAGGAGUUUAUGCAAUCUUUUUGGUUAUUAUCCUUUAAACUUCCAGUGAGCUUGCUUCAGCAAGAAGACAGUAUCAGUGUGUCCCUCAGGGAGAGAAGACAGAGAUAUUUUAAUAUAUGUCAGUAUUACAUACACAACAUGAAAUCUGAAGUCUUCACACGCAGCAAACUACAAGUUGAUACAGGCAAGAGAAUUGUAGAGAUCACUAGAGGUGGUUGAGUGCAGCCUAUUACUUAAAAUGCCAUCUAGUGACAAAUGAAAGUAUAGCUCUAUCCAGGGACUAGAACGUAUAGAAGUGAAAUGGCAAAUUCUACGACUGUUAAGUAUGUAUUAGGUGAGCUAUAUUGACUUUCAAGUGCUGAGUCAGAAGAUACUUAGAGGAGGGAGGCUGACAUAUUGCUGUCAUGGUAUGUUGGAGCACUGCAUUAUAACAGAUGAGUCCUGAGAAAUGGGUCAAUGGUAUGGUCUGUGCCUUCAGUACGUUUUUGCAGUUUGGUCAUGUUACAAAUUUUGAAUGUUUAGUAAAGCCAUAUAUGUACAAAUGAGUCAGUGCUGUGUUGAACCAUUUUUUUUUUAUUAUUGCUUCUUUUAAAUUAUCAUAGAUCAAGAGAGUUCCAUGUGUAAUGCUAAUGAACUUACAAACUAUUAAGGAUCUUGCAUACAUAAUGUUCACAGUUUUAGAGCAAUGUUUAAUUAUUGAAUAAUCUCAUACCAGACAAUAGUCCAAUGGUUAGCCUGUAUAAAAUAGAUGCUGUGUUUUAAACUGAUUUGUAAAUAUAAGAUAAUCGUGUAUUUUCAUAAUU